UCACCAAUGACCAAACUCUUCUUACUGCCCUCCACGGCUAUUAAACGCACCAUCCCACCCUCCACUACCCCUCAUCAGAAACGAGUUAUUAUUUUCCUCUCACUACGACUAUGGCUUCUUCUUUCCUCCGUUUUCUGCUUCUCAUCUCUCUUUUCUUCUUUUCUGCAGAGUCGUCCUACCAACCUCCCAAGCCUAAUCUUCUGGUCUUGCCGGUGCUCAAAGAUGCUUCGUCGGGUCUUCAUUGGGCCUAUAUCCACAAGAGAACCCCUCUCGUCCGGGUCCCGGUUCUGGUCGACCUGAACAGCCGGUUCUUGUGGGUGACCUGCGACCAACACUACCUGUCCUCCACUUACACAGCCCCCUUCUGCCACUCCACUCUUUGCUCUCGAGCCAACACCCAUUUGUGCUACUCUUGCGCCUCCGCUGCCAGGCCCGGCUGCCACAACAAUACUUGUGGCCUCGUGUCCAUCAACCCCGUCACUCUCCAAUCCGGCGUCUCCGAGCUCGCCCAGGACCUCCUCGCCAUCCAAACUCCGCCCGCACUCGCUCCCUCCAAACCCGGUUCCAUGGUCACCGUCCCCCAGUUCCUCUUUGCCUGCUCGCCCUCUUCCCUGCUCCGGAAGGGCCUGCCCAAUAUCGUUCAGGGCGUGGCUGGACUGGGCAAUGAGCCCAUUUCUCUCCCGCUUCAACUCGCCUCCCACUUCGGGUUACAACGCAGAUUCACCUUGUGCCUCUCCGGUGACCCCGGGUCCAACGGGUUUAUAUUCUUCGGGGAACAACCAAAUCUGUUACGUCCUCGCCUGGACAUUUCCCGUGAUUUGGUUUACACCCCACUCACAGUUACCCCGCAAGGAGAGUACCAUGUACGGGUCACGUCUAUAAAAGUUAACAACCAGGUGGUGGUCCCGGUGAGCCCAUCUCUCGUAUCAGCACUCGCGAAGACUACCAGACGCGGUCUCGGAGGAACUAUGAUCACCACCGCCUCGCCUUAUACACUUCUGCACAGCUCAAUAUUCGAAGCUCUUGUCCAGGUAUAUGCCAAUCAGAUUCCCAAACAGGGCCAGGUGAAGGCGGUAGAACCGUUUGGGUUAUGCAUGGACUGGGAGAAGAUGAACAAGGUUCCGGACGUGGAGCUGGUGUUCAACAAGGCUAGUGCAGUGUGGAGAAUAUCGGGAGAGAACUUGAUGGUGGAGGUGAGGCCAGGGGUGAGGUGUCUAGGGUUCGUGAAUGGAGGAGACAAGCCUAGAGCUGCGAUUACUAUAGGGGUGCGUCAGUUGCAGGACUACCUUGUGGUGUUUGAUCUGGCUCGGUCCAUGCUCGGGUUUAGCCCUUCCUUGCUCUCUCGCGGCGCUAAAUGUGCCAGCUACAACUUCACCGCUUCUCCAUAGAGCCACGAUGUGUAGAUAGUUGCUGAUCAAACAAUAUGCAAUAAGCAUCUCUACUUGUUGUAAUGCCAGAGGUCGGAAUCAACUAAAUAAAACCACGUUUGCA